ACAAAAUUAAUUGCGCUUAAGUAAUAUAUUUAAAGACAGUAAACACAAUGAUUUAGGGUCUGCGUUGCAUGAUUGUCUAACACUUUUGUGCCUGAUUUAAAGGAAUAAUUAAGACGCGCAAAAUCUGUUUUUGAUAAUGCAUGAACGGUAUUUCUGUUCACAAAAAUUACGAGAACUGUUUUUAUAACCGGUUAUCAUGAAAAUAUGAAAAUACGGCAACAAAGGAUAUACGCUGAUGUAAAAGCACGUACAUGAACACUGGCAUGUAAGAGAUUGUAUUACCGUCAUACUGAAAAUUUCUCCACAACCGCGAUUAUUGCAAACUUAAGUCUGAAUUUGUGAAUCUAUAAUAAAAUCCCAGAUGUUUUGUGAUUCUGCAUUAACGUACGCUUGGUAAUGGUAGAGUUAGUAAUAGUGAGUCGUAGUUGUUGAAGGGAUUGUUACUGUAAUGUGUUUUUCAGCAGAUGAGGGUACUUUCACUGUAUGAAAAAGGUGCAUAGUGAGAUAUUUUACGGGGUGCAAAAGUGUAAAGUAAAAAUUUGUAUACAUGUAUUCAAAUUAAAAUAUUGAAUAAGUAUCAUUAUUAUAAGCUAUUGAGUGUAAGGACGAUAUGACCAGAAGAGGGAGCUAUUACACUAUUACCGUCUGAAAGCGCUUUUUAAACCUAGGGUGGGGAAAAUACUUACGUAUUAUCUGUAUUCAGACUACAGGUACACUUUCUGGCAGAAUUACACAAAAUAAUACCUUGUCUGAUAUAUUGUAUUUAGGUAAAGUAAAAUAUCGAUAUAAAGAAAACUCACCAAAAUAUUUAGCAAAUGCUAUUAAUAACUAUUCUUCAAGAAUAUAAUAAAAAUUGAAAUACGUCAUUCUCUGUGUAUAUAUCUGUGUAUAAAACCGCCAAUAAUACCGUACAAAUAGAGUAGUCUACCAACAAACGUGUUAUUACUUUGUAAGGUUAUGUUCAAUGUUUAUCUUAUUAAUUAUUUAUUUGUUUGUUUCUUUCAUGAGACAGUGGAGCUACCAUGUAAUUACCCAAAUAUCCGCCUAGUAUUUGUCCAGACUUGUGUGUUAAGUACAAUUCAGCAUUUUAAACAUUGGUUUGCUGUCUUGAAAUAUACUGGAUUCUAUUAUCAGAAGGCAGUUUCCCUACUUCAGACUCGGCCACCCAGGGGAACACCCACACUUCAACCAAUAUAUCAGGCUGGUCGGCUGCGUGCGCUCCGAUCCGGUGAGUUUUCCGUAUGUUGUAGUGCUGAAAUAAUCAUUUUGCAACUUACCAGCGCGAGUCUUUUCGCUAAAAAAAAACGAACUGUAUCAAUCGGCUUACACGCAUUUUACUAACUUUAUCUUUCCGCAUCGAUUUAGGAUAUUCCCAUCUCAUGCUGUAUAAAUCUACAAUAUUUUUCUUGAACAAGGACGGGCAGCUUUGGGAACGCCUUCUUGAACUAUAAGACGUGUCGAGUGUUUGGUGGUGGGGGAGACAUCAUGUCGGAUGUAUUACCCUACAACGAGGAGAAAAUAACUCACUAUGGCGAUGACGAGGACGUGGGGCAGAUCUCCAUCACCUGUCGUCUGCAGGAUACUAAUAACUUCUUCGGGGCUGCCCAGAAUAAAAGGCCCCCUAAACUCGGCCAGAUUGGAAGAAGUAAACGAGUUGUCAUCGAGGAUGACAACAUCGACGAUGUUCUGAAAAACAAAACAGAGAAAACGCAGACAGGUGUCUAAAGUGAUCCAAAGACGUUGAUUAGAGGAGAUUGGUAACCAUGCGUCACCCUCACUUUUGGCAAAAAAAACAGUACUUUGAAAUCAAUCACAAAAAUGGGCUGCAGUCCACAUUAGUCCUUUUGCAGGCUUGUGAACAGUAAAGGCGGAACAUUUUCUGUCUGAUGGUGCGUAAUGAAAGUCUUAUCGAUUGAUCUUAACCCAUCCAGAUGUGCAGAGGCAUGAAAAUGGAAUUGUGUCCCCAGAUUUAGAGCCAGUAUUGUACAGGUCAUAGCAUGGGAAGAAGGAGAACGAUACAGAUAAGCACACCAUGUAUCUUAAUCCCUUUGUAUUCUUCUCUUGUACCCUGGCUAAAGAUGAGCACUUUGUUUACUUUGUAUUUUUGCAAAAAAAAUAGUCAUCCUUUUUUUUUUUUUUUUUUUUUUUUGAUGCACAAUGGAUGUAAAACGCUUUUUGAUGUUGUUCACCUGUACAAAUAGAUCAUUUAUUAACUUUUGGAUACCUAUUUUGCAGUGCUGAAGGAUGGAACAACGUUUUAUAUAGAAUGAAAAAUUAAGGUGUUACUUUUUUAUUAUGAAUUUGAUGUUGCUUGAUUUCUAUUUUGUUGUUGCUAUAAACUGCCUGCUCAUUUGAAAGUGAGAAGCUGUUUUUGUUACCCAGCUAUUUAUAGAAUACCUGGUCUCAUUUCUCUUUUUGGUAAAAGUGUUUAUCAUUACUCUUUCUGAAUGAAUAAGUAUAUUUUGGGUAUAUUUUAUUGAACAUAAUCAUACCUGUGCCAAAUAUCUCGGGAGGUUCCAGUCAGCUUGACUCUCCGUACUCUGAGUAAAUGUAAUAUUUUUUGUUAAUGUUUUGUUGCCCGUCAUGUUUACGUUCCAGGGUCUUCAUAAUGGUGAAGUAUCAGCUUUUGCAUGAAACAGGCAAAGUUGCCUAUUGCACCUGUGAAACUGGUAAACUAUCAAAUAUCUUGUUUGCAACUUCAGAUGACCGACCUCAAGAACCCUCUUUAAUUGAUAUUGUGUAUGUUGCACUUUGAACUCACUGAAUAGGGCUAUUUCUGCAAUGUACAAAAACAACAUUAAAAUUAUUCAAAACCAA